GAUUGUUUUUCAGAGUAAUGGUUAAAUUCUUUCUAUAUCUUUAUUACAAAGUUUGUGAUAUUCUUUUUGGCACUACCUAUAGUAUGUGCCUACUAGAUUGCUUUAUUUAUUUUUAUUUUAAAAAUGAAUUUAAAAUAAAAUAUAUUUUGCAUUAUUUAAAGAUGUAACAAUAAAGAAAUGAUUUUGAAAUGGCGUGUUCGUUUCGCAGAAUCUACUUUAAAUACGCUAAAUGUUUAUUGUUAAUAGUAUCUAUAGCGUUUUUCGUGCAAAUAUUUGUGGUAUUGAGUUUCUUUCCUUCAGUUAACGACGAUCUUAUAAUCAACAAGGCCGUUUCAUUAGAGAGACAAGCCAUAGAUGCGUUAUCUGCCAGAAAAGAAGACCGGAUAACUGAUGAUGAAGAUAUAAUUCAUAAAAACAAAAUCGGUGCUUUUCUUAGGAUCGAAGAGUUGGAUUUCAAACCAUUAUGUGAAAUAAAAAGCCGUGAAGCUAUAUCUGCAAUUCACCGUGCUAAAACUCAGAAAUGUAAAGAACAGAUAGUCAACACAACUUGUUUUAUUCAGGGUGGUAAAUUUUAUCCCAAAAAAUUACCCAAUUAUUGCAAGAGCAAAGUUAACACUUACAGUAAAUAUAUAGGAUGCUAUCAAGAUGAGAAAAAGUUAAGGCUGCUCUCCAGUUUUUAUGGAAAUUAUAUUAAUAUAAAUUCACCUCAGUUAUGUCUCGAUAUUUGUGUCCAGGCUGGCUUUCCAUUUGCAGGGGUUCAGUAUGGUUCGGAAUGCUUCUGUGGUGAAAACUCCCCUUCUGAAUCUGCGAUUGUUGCAGAAGAACUUUGUGACAUGAAAUGUCCUGGAGAAUCUUCCAAAUCUUGUGGUGGUUACUUUACAAUGAAUGUUUUUGAAACUGGUUUGGACAAAUUUAGUGCCCAGACACCUCAACCUGCUGGGGAAGCAGGGCCUGUGAGAAUUGUUUUUCUUUUAACUCUGAACGGACGUGCGCUACGACAAGUACAUCGGUUGAUAAAUGCUCUUUAUAGAAGCAAUCAUUAUUUUUACAUACAUGUUGAUAAAAGACAAGACUAUUUACACCGAAAAUUGUCUGUUUUGGAAAAGCGGUUCACAAAUAUAAAAUUAGCUACGAGUAGAUAUUCAUCCAUAUGGGGUGGUGCAUCCUUACUUCAGAUGCUCCUUUCGUCGAUGAGGGACCUUAUUGCAUUGAAAUGGCAAUGGGAUUAUGUCAUUAAUUUAAGCGAAAGUGAUUUUCCAAUUAAGUCCUUAGAUAGGUUAGAAAAUUUCUUGUCUGUAAAUAAAGGACUGAAUUUCGUAAAAUCACACGGACGAGAAGUUCAAAGAUUUAUCAAGAAACAAGGACUUGACAAAACAUUUAUAGAAUGUGACACUCAUAUGUGGCGCGUCGGCGAGAGAAAGUUGCCGCGUGGCAUAGUGAUAGACGGUGGCAGCGACUGGGUCGCAUUAUCGCCUCAGUUUGUUUCUUAUGUCACCGGAAAGCAAGACGAACUGCUGGAAGGAUUAGAGAUUGUUUUUAAACAUACUUUAUUACCAGCUGAGUCAUUCUUCCAUACAGUAUUAAGGAAUUCAAAAUUCUGUAAUACUUAUGUUGAUAACAAUUUACAUGUAACUAAUUGGAAAAGAAAGCUAGGAUGUAAGUGUCAAUAUAAACACGUUGUAGACUGGUGUGGAUGUUCACCAAAUGAUUUCAAAACAGAAGAUUGGCCAAGGAUACAAAACACGGAGGACAGACAAUUAUUUUUUGCAAGAAAAUUUGAGCCAAUAAUCAAUCAAGAAAUUAUAACUAGAGUAGAAAAAUACAUUGGUUUCAAUGACCACCAUUUGUUGAGAAACUUAGAAGCUUAUUGGCAAAGUAUAUAUCAUAUAGACGACCUAACGUCUAAUACAGAUGAUUUACUUCUUACGCACUCUGGAAGUGUUUUACGCCAAAAUAUAAAAAUUUUGUCUGAAAAAGGUUGCUCAGUAGAUGUUUUUGAUAUAAUAGAAAUAAGUUCAUAUAAUUAUGCUGAUGUGUAUAAAGGAAACCUUAUACUUCAUAAAGCAAGAAUUGAUAAAGGUUCAGAAGUUAUCCUCGAAACUUGGUACAAACCAAUAAAACACCUGGAGUUAAAUUUUGAAAAUCAUUAUGCAGAGAAUAUAAAAGUAUUUAAAGUAAGUUCAGAUUAUGACCAAAAGGAAAUGACAUUUAGAAAUUUAGCUAAUAUAUUAGGUCCACUGUCGGAGCCUAAUUUGCUGUAUCAAUUCUCGCCAAUUCUAGACAAAAAAAGCGAGAAUCUCACACUUAUGUGGUUGGACCCAACUGGACUAAUUGCAGAUCUAAAUAUAAUAAAUAUAAAUGAAAAUAAUUUAACAAAUUUUAUAAAACCAAACUUAAAAAUUCCACUUUUGCCAGGAAUUUGGAAAGUGGGUUUAUUUGAACAAUACGAAUUAAUAGUAUUAACGAAAUUUUUAAUAACUCCGUUGGAAUCUUUCUCUGGAAGAGACCUUACCCAUCAAGAAGCAAGUAUUAUCCAUAGUGGUUCUCAAAAUGCUUAUAAAGAUUUCUCUCAUGUUAAACCCAUGAAUUUUUUACCAAAUGAAGACGAAAGUAUAUUAUUACAAAAGAUAUCUCAAUCCAAUGUAAAGCGGGUGAACAAUGAUCUAAAAGAGUGGAUAGACAAUUUAUCUUCAGAAUUUUACAAUGUAUUAGGUUUAUGCGUUAAUUAUAAUAAUUUAAAGAAAACAAUAAAUUGUGGUAAUCAUAUUUUCGAAGAUUGCACAGGCACGGAGUGGAGUUCUUUAUCACCAGAUCCAAAAGGAUCAAUAGGACAUUUAAAUAAAAGAUCUAAUCGUUUAGACAGAAUAUGACGAAUCAUUGGUUUUAUCAGUGUUUUCUAAAUAUUGUUGGUUAUAAAAAACGUUUAUGUCAAUGGAUAUGGUUAUUCAUUAAUAAAACGAAUAAGAAUAGUCAUAGUCAGCAUAGAAAUCAGAAUAGUAUAAGAAAAUAGAACUGUGAUGUGAUUCUUUUAAUUAAAAGAAAUAGGUGUCAUGGUCUUGUACCGCACGCAGUUUUCUGCGUAUUUGUAACGCUGUCAAAUAGAGCACUGCCACUUCUCCAUGAAGAGAGAUGCAAUUAUGAAACCUCACGGCCCUGACUUGGAUAUUGUCACACAUUCUUCAGUACUAUUACUACCUUCUUACCAUUUCUAACGUCUAUUUCAGCUGUUAGGCUUAAUGAUAGAAUUGAAAUUCCAAUAGUGACAGGUUGCCAACCCAUCGCUUAAAAGAAGAAUCCCAAGUUUAUAAACCUAUCCCUUAGUCACAUAUUACGACAUCCAUGGAAAAGAGAUGGACCGGUCCUAUCCUUUUUUAUAUUGGGGCCGGGAACCACGUGGCACCCGGAACCAAAAACAAAAAUCUUAUUAUUUUGUUUUGUUAUAUCAUACAUACAUAUGGUCACGUCUAUAUCCCUUGUGGAGUAGACAGAGCAAACAGUCUUGAAAAGACUGAUAAGCCACGCUCAGCUUUUUGGCUUAAUGAUAGAAUUGAGCAGAUCAUCAUCAUCUCUUUUGGGUAUUGUUUCAAUGCUGCAGUUGAUUAUAAAAAUGCGAUUACGUGUUCUGAAAUGUUUCUAACUACAUAUGUUCAAAGUUUUAUGUGAUUAAAGUUCUUCAUAGUUACCUAUUCCAAAUUAUUUUCUAUUUUCAAUUAGAAUAAGCAAAUAGGUAUUGUUGGAGAAUUUUAAUUUGGUAGCACUGAACGCCAUAACUGGCUCCCUUAACAUAAUCCAGAGACCCAGAAUGAUGUAUCUUUCAUCUACCUAGUCAUUUUAAAAUUGAAACAUGGUAGGUUUAUGAAUGGUUCAUGUAUUCGAAAUAAAGCUAGUCUGUUAACACUUUGUUACUCAUUAUAAGCACAAUUUGGAAAUUGUAUUUUUUAUAUUUUAUUCCAUUACAAAUAUAAUAACUUAAAA